UGACGUCUCGGCGGUUUCACCUUCUUCAGAACCGUUUAUUUGUUGUAAGUAUUUAAGUGGAUUUCUAUUCGGAUACGAUACGGGAAUUGUCUCAGCUGCUAUGCUAUUCGUACCAGAGAAUAAAGGAAUGAAGCCGAUGGAGUAUAUCUGGCAGGAAAUAAUCGUCAGCGUGACUCCCGGAUUCGCCGCUGUUGGAGCUUUACUAUCCGCUAGUGGUUCUGAUCGUUUUGGUCGAAAAAAAGUCAUCGUUGCCGCAUCAAUCGUAUUCGCUGUAGGAGCCAUAAUUUGUGGAAUCGCAUGGACGAAACCCCUUCUUGCCUUCGGCAGAAUUCUGCUCGGAAUCGCCAUCGGUUUUGCUUCGAUGAUCGUACCCGUUUAUGUAAGCGAAGUAUCACCAUCACAUAUUCGUGGCCGUAUGGUGACUGGCUUUCAGUUGAUGAUCACUAUUGGUCUGGUUGUCGCUAACGUAUUUGGAGGAGCGUUCAGCUAUAUCGAUCCCACUAACAUUGGGUGGAGACUGAUGUUUGGAUUUGCUGCUAUUCCGGCUGUCAUCCAAUUUAUUUGCUUCUUAUUUUUACCAGAGAGUCCACGAUGGUUAUUUGAGCACAACUUGAAAGAAGAAACCGAAGUUCUCAAAAAAGUCUACAAUGGAGAUGAUGAAUGGGUUCAAUACGAAAUGGCUGAAAUUCGCCAAGGUCACAAAAUGGAAUCAGUGGCGAAGCAAGAGCAUGCCGGUAUGUAUCGUUCGAUACUCUGGCGAAUCGCACAAACACCUCAUGUCCGAAAGGCUCUUUUCAUUGGCAGUGCCGUACAAGCAUUCCAGCAGCUAUCCGGCAUUAAUACCGUCAUGUACUACACAGGAAAGAUCAUUCAAUCAUCUGGGGUGACCGAUCCGCAUAUAACGAUUUGGAUUACCGUCGGAACAUCAACGAUCAAUUUCUUGGGCACGUUUGUUCCGAUGACUCUCAUUGAACGUAUAGGACGUCGAGUUUUAUUUAUGAUCUCAGUGACUUGUGUUAUUGCCACACUUCUUGCGAUGGGAACAGCAUUCGUUAUGAUUAACAGAGUAAGCACAGUCAUUAAACCUGUGAAAACCCGUCUUCUUUUUCUGCGAUCCAUAAAAACGGCUCCUUUCCUUUUCAGUAAUUGCGACUUCUGUGUAACUAAUGAAGCGUGCGGUUUCUGUGAAAUAAAGGGACAAAAAACGGGUACAACUACUGAUAAGGAGGUGAAUAUUGAACUUUCUAAUUAUAACCAUGUUAAAGGUACAACAUACGAAUGGGAUCGAAAUUCGUGCAAGACCAGUUUAACAGUGUUUCCAAUUAUCAUCAUGGUCCUAUACCUACUAUCAUUCUCAAUUGGAUUCGCUCCUUUGCCAUGGGUGGUGAACGCUGAAUUCUAUCCCCAUUGGGCGAGGAGUACAUGUGUAUCAAUCACAACGGCCUUUAACUGGACGUUUAAUCUGGUCAUCUCUCUUACGUUCCUAUCACUCAGUCAGGCGAUAACGAAAUUUGGUACGUUUUACCUCUACGCCGGUCUCACGUUCAUCGCAUUGAUUUUCAUCUACAUCUUCGUACCGGAAACAAGGGGUUAUUCAAUUGAUGAAGUGGAAAUGUUGUUCAUGACGAAAGAAGAACGACAACUUGCCCUUAUGAAGCAUGAAAAGACCGCAAACAAGCCAAAUCAAAAUAUUUCUGUAAUUCAACUUACGUAA